AUGUCUCCCACCGCGUUGCCGUCGCCGCCCACGUACAAGAUCGCCUCCAUCCCCGCCGACGGCAUCGGCCCCGAGGUCAUCGACGCCGGCAUCGAGGUCCUCAACGCCCUGGCCGACACGUUCGGCACCUUCAAGCUCGACUUCACCCAUUUCGACUGGAGCUCUGACACGUACAAGAAGACGGGAAAGUACAUCCCCGAUGGCGGCCUCGAUGAGCUGAAGAAGCACGACGCCAUCCUUUUCGGCGCCGUCGGCGCACCAGACGUCCCCGACCACAUCUCCCUCUGGGGCCUCCGCCUCGCCAUCUGCCAACCCUUCCAACAAUACGCCAACGUGCGUCCGACCAAAGUGUUCCGCGGCACGCAAUCGCCGCUGCGCGCCUGCAACGUCGGCGACCUCGACUGGGUCAUCAUCCGGGAGAACAGCGAGGGCGAGUACGCGGGCCAAGGGGGCCGGUCGCACCGCGGCAAGCCGUGGGAGCUGGCGACCGAGACGUCCAUCUUCACGCGGCACGGCGUCGAGAGGCUGGUGCGCUUCGCGUUCGAGACGGCGCGGGCGCGCCCGCGGAAGCGGUUGACGGUGGUGACGAAGAGCAACGCGCAGAGACAUGGGAUGGUGCUGUGGGAUGAGAUUGCGGCGGAGGUGGCGGGGGAGUUUCCCGAUGUGGCGGUCGAUAAGAUGUUGGUGGAUGCGAUGACGGCGAGGAUGGUGAUGAAGCCCGAGACGAUUGAUACGGUGGUGGCGACGAAUCUGCACGCCGACAUCCUGUCGGACCUCGCCGCCGCGCUGGCCGGCUCCAUCGGCAUCGCGCCGACGUCCAACCUCGACCCGACGCGCGAGAACCCGUCCAUGUUCGAGCCCAUCCACGGCUCGGCGUUCGACAUUGCCGGCAAGGGCGUCGCGAACCCUGUUGGUACUUUCUGGACCGCGGCUGAGAUGCUGGCCUGGCUGGGCGAGAAGGACGCGGCCAAGACGCUGCUGGAUGCCGUCGAGAACGUGUGCGAGAGCGGCGUUGUGACGGUCGAUCUGGGCGGGAAGGCGAAGACGAAGGACGUCACGGCUGCCGUCGUGGCCGAGGUGGGGAAGCUGGGGGCGGCGACGAAAUGA